GCGCGGUGCCGCCGGGCCGUGCCCGCUAUAUGAGCUCCGGCAGGCGCUGACUCGGCCCUUUCCGCCCCGCUCCCGCCCGCUCUCGGGUCGCUGCGCACGGACCCGCCGCCGCUCCCCCCCACCCCCCCUCGCCGCCGCCGCCAUGAUCAUCUACCGGGACUGCAUCAGCCAGGACGAGAUGUUCUCCGACAUCUACAAGAUCCGGGAGGUGGCGAACGGCCUGUGCCUGGAAGUGGAGGGGAAGAUGGUCACCAGGACAGAGGGUCAAAUUGAUGACUCUCUAAUUGGUGGCAAUGCCUCUGCUGAAGGUCCUGAGGGAGAUGGAACAGAAGCCACGGUCAUAACUGGUGUUGAUAUAGUAAUAAACCACCAUCUUCAGGAAACCAGCUUUACAAAAGAGUCCUACAAGAAGUACAUCAAGGACUACAUGAAAGCAAUCAAAGCCAGACUUGAGGAGCACAAGCCAGAGAGAGUAAAGCCUUUCAUGACAGGGGCUGCAGAACAAAUCAAACACAUCCUCGCUAACUUCAAAAACUACCAGUUCUUUGUAGGUGAGAACAUGAAUCCAGACGGUAUGGUGGCUCUCCUGGAUUUCCGUGAGGAUGGUGUGACCCCAUACAUGAUUUUCUUCAAGGAUGGCUUGGAAAUUGAGAAAUGUUAACAGAUCAAACAGUAUGGUUUUGGAUCACCUGUCUUCAUAGCUGGCUGCUGUUUCUUCUUCAUUGACACAACACCAGGAAUUGGCAAUGUCUAACAACUGGACUGAUGUCAUCUUGAGCUUCAUUCACUUACUUUGACCCUGAUUUGGAGUGGAGGCAUUGUUUUAAAAAAAGAAAAAAAAAAAAAACCACCACCUGAGCAUCUGUCAUGUAGGUUGUCUAAAAUAAAACUCAUUUAAACCCA